AUGCUCGAUUGGCUCCUGCAAUUGGAUCGCAACGAAGACCAGCUUUAUCUUAAGCUGUUCGCCCGCAUCCAGCUUGGACUCAGCAAAACGACCGCAGUGGCUGUCCUAGAUCAAGAUCAGAUACGACAUAUGCAGAAAGAUGUCGUAUCACCAAUCGGACAAGUGAUGAACGAUGGCGUUGGUCGCAUGUCGCUUUCUCUUGCCCGAAAAGUCAGGGACGUCCUUGGAUUGAGCGACGUACCCUCCGCCAUUCAGGGUCGUCUCGGUUCUGCCAAAGGCAUGUGGAUCAUCGACGUUGAAGAUACCGGGAGCGAUAUUUGGAUAGAGACAUGGCCCUCGCAAAGAAAAUGGAAUUGCGACUUCCUCCACCAGGAACACCGGACCCUCGAAAUCAAGGACUUCGUUGCAGAGCCUCGAUCCGCAAACCUCAAUAUUCAGUUUCUUCCUAUUCUCGAAGACCGUGCCAAAGACAAACAAAUCAUGAGAAAAGUAGUGGGAGACAAUGUUCUACGUCAGCUCAGCGACGAACUUGAAGCUCUGAGAAAUGCCAUCAAGCAUCCAUUGCAGUUCCGGAAAUGGGUGGAUGAAAAUUCAACUGCCAGGAAGAAGCGUUUGGCCCAUAGCAGCGUGCCGUUCCUGGCUGGCCUUCCUGAGUCGAAAGAAGAACAGCUUAGUUAUCUCGGCGAUGGCGGCUUCGAGCCAACCAAACAGAAGUUCAUGCAAGACAUGAUGUGGAAGCUCCAGAGCAAAAAGUGUGAAAAUGUGACGAAGAAAAUGAGCAUAAGGAUUCCUAACUCGGCGUACUUAUACAUGGUAGUCGACUUCUGGGGCAUUCUGGAAGAAAACGAGGUGCAUCGAGUCAAAGCCGUGUUUAAGCCGGAGUUGCGCGCGCUGAAAAACGUCAUCGUGUUUCCGGCGAAGGGAGACGUUGCGCUUGCCGAUAAGCUUUCGGGUGGCGAUUACGAUGGAGACAGGGCGUGGGUGUGUUGGGAGCCAGCCAUUGUGUCUAACUUUGAGAAUGCCAAUGUCCCGACAAGGCCGGACCUUUCUGGGUUUCUCAGGAAGGAUGAGGCGUCAUUCGGAGACCUCACUCGACAGGUCGGCAAGUCCUCGGCGGCUUCGACAAUGAUUACCCGCAGUAUUGCCUUUGAAAUACAGCCCAAAUUCUUGGGAAUCGUCACGAAAUUCAAGGAACGUCUCUGUUACAGCAUGAACGACGUUAACAACGAGCAGGCCCUAUGGCUGAGCACACUUCUUGGGAGUCUGGUAGACCAAUCGAAGCAAGGGUUAGAGUUUGAAGCAGGCGACUGGCAAAGGUUUCGAGACAAAGUCCUGAGCAGCUGUCAGGCUCGUAUGGUGGGAUAUCUGGCCUAUGAAUACGAGACCUGGACGGCCAGAGAGGAUCCCGUUCAUAUCAUCGAUUUCCUGAAAUUCACGAUCGCCAAACCCGCUAUCGAGGAGGAACUACGCAUCGUCUCCCAAGACAUGAGCGUGCGUCGUGAUUCUAGUCGCGACAUGACACCCCUUACGCCAUGCGAAGAUGGCGAGGGGGCCCAGACGGUGGAGUAUUGGGACGCCGAUCUGGUCGGUCCCUACAGGGACUUGGAAAAGUUGGCAUCGACGGAUCCGGUGUUGAAGAAAGUCUUGGCGAAUUUGAGGGAAGACUUGGAAACGAUCAAGACAAAGUGGGACAGUAGCGUGGUCCCGGUCAAAGAUAAAAGCCAGCGUCCAGGUCUGAUGGUGGAAGUUUUCAAAGAGUGGUGCGCCAUCCGACCUCGGGCGGACGCAGAGCUCAGCAAUGCGCUUAUGACAUGGUUGGAACCAUCGUAUGCAUCUAAAGAGCACUCCGCCUGGGCUUUGCUUCGUGCCAGCACUUCUUUCAAGUAUUGGCAUAAGAAGCCAAAACCUGUAUGGCGCAUGGCUGGCAUACAGCUGCAAUUCAUCAAGUCAAUGGCCCGGCGUGGUUGGGCUCCCGUCAGCGUCGUGCCAAACGUGUACGCGGCUCUGAAGCCUGACGGCAAGUUCAUCCGUCAGGCCGUCUCCAGAAUGACGGAGGGCAUGGAGUCGGUUGUUGGGGUUGGUGAUGAUGCCGCAGAUGAUGAAUGGGAUGUUUGA